AUGCAGGUCUUACUAGUACUAUGUGCACUUACAGUGUGCACAUCAGCCACUUUCGACAAGCUUUUUAGCAAAAAGGACUUCGACCUCAGCGGGCUGUUUGAUGGUCUCUUUGAAAAGGAGAAAUCUCAUGGCCCUCCGCCUCGCCCAGUCUACGGCCCACCACCAGUACACCAUGCACCACCACCACCAGUGUACGGACCGCCCGCACCAUCGUACGGCCCACCCGCACCAGUCUACGGACCUCCGCCAGUACAUCACGCACCUCCUCCACCGCCUCCACCGCCACCACGGCCAGUAUACGGUCCGCCAGCCCAGGCAUAUCAUGCGCCUCCGCCACCGCCUCCACCACCACCACCACCACCGCCACGUCCAGUCUACGGACCUCCGCCAGUACAUCACGCACCUCCACCACCGCCACCACCACCACCGCGUCCAGUGUACGGCCCGCCAGCUCCGGUAUACCAUGCACCACCGCCGCCACCACCGCCACGUCCAGUCUACGGACCACCGCCAGUACAUCACGCACCUCCUCCACCGCCACCACCGCCACCACCACCACCACGUCCAGUGUACGGUCCACCUGCCCAGGUCUACAAUCCGCCGCCACCGGUGUACCACGCACCUGCGCCCGCUCCUACAUACAAUGCACCACCGCCAGCUCCUGUCUACAAUCCACCGCCGCCAGCACCAGUAUAUCAGGCACCGGUUUACCAUGCACCUCCGCCACCACCGCCACCACCACCACCGCCAGUUUACAGUGCCCCGGCGCCGCAUCCUGAACCAAUCCAGCUAUUGCCGCUACAAAACAAUCCUGUUAGCUUUUCUGGCGCCAGUUCAGCCUCAGUUGCUUCCGGUUCUGUUACCGAUGAUGGCUAUCACUAUGGCGUUGGUCAUGGUUCUGGUCACUAA